UUUCUCAUCAGGUUUUCUUGUUUCUGCGAGGCUUAACAAACCUCGCAGAACAAAAAAAAACUCACUCUCACAUACUUUGGUUUGCAAAAACCCUUUACUUCUCUAUUUUCUUUCUAGUUCCUUAUCCAAUAUUAUAGUACCCUUUUAUCCCAAGUUAUUUAAAGUUAAAACCUUUAUUACUACUCAUAUUUGUUUUUUGUUUGUUAAAUUUUAAGAAAUGGAGGCACAUUCUCCAGUUAUAGCCAAGAAGCUAUGGAAUGUGUUGAGGAUCACUUUCUUCAUGAUCAGGAAGGGUUUGGUGUCAAAGAGGAAGCUGAUUAUGGACAUGAAUUUGAUGAUGAAGAAAGGGAAAUUGCUCAGAAAAUCUAUGAGCAAUUUCAUGUCAUCUCAUCACCACCACCAUCAUCAUCAUUCAAAGAGUUUGGCACGUGGCUAUGGCAUGCAGGAAUAUGAAUUCUCAUGCAGCAACAGCCCAAGUCCUGUUUUUUUCCAUGUGCCAAAGAAGAAGCACCAUUUCAACUUCCCUUGCAUGAAUACCACAGAGGUUGUUGAAGAGCCUAGGCCCGUGGUUUUGGUGCCUAAUAUGACACCUGAAUACACUUUCAACCAUAGGUUUGAUAAUGCAUCUGAUUUUGCUCCUGGGGAGAGGAUCUCACCCUUCACUGUGAGGAUCUCCAACUACUCAUCUGAGGAUGAAGAAAAUGAACAAGAGGGUGGAAAUGGAAAUGCCCAAGUUGAUGAUCAGGCUGAGGCUUUCAUCAGAAGGUUCUAUGAACAGCUGAGAAUGCAAAGCCGAAUGCAGUUGCUGGAGUACCAAGAGAUGUGAUUGUAAAGAAAAAGCAGGACUUUGUGUGCAUUUGCUCCUCAAAUUGAUGAUGAUCAACAAGUUUAGCUAGCCAUUCCUGGGAAUAUUUAAUUUGCUUUUGUUGAUCUUUCAACUUUCAUUAUUUUUCCCAUGGAAAUUAAUUUGGCUGUAUUGUUUGUGGUCCUUGAACUAUAUUUGAUACAUGCUGUAAAGUUUUUGAGCAUUGGAUAUACUUCCAUUUUGUGAUUUUAUUGGUUUUCAUAAUAUAAAAUUCAAUCUUUAUGUUUGCCUAGUAA